AUGGUGCGCCUCAUCCCAUCCGUCCUUGCCAUGCUAGCCGUGGCAUUGGCGUUCACGGACGGGUCCCACUGCUGCACGACCUCGACGUACGCCCACAGCUGCGAGGAAGUCUGCAAGAACGCCGCGCGGUACGGCGACGACGUCAAGUGCAGCGCCGGCGGCCUCUCCGAGUGUAUUGGCUACUUUACUGCCAACGGGCGCGCUCAGUGCAACAGCCAAGCCUACGAUUUCGACUAG